AUGGCCCGCAGUGAUGAUGAGAUGGGCGCCCCGUCGGAGGCCCGCGCGCCCACAGAGGCACGACGCAAGAUUGCGUCGAAGAGGCCGUCCCCAGGGCCUCCAGGGCCGCCAGGGUCAUCUUCGGGCAUCGAGUUUAUCGUCUGCUUCUUGUGCCAGGAGGGCGGCACCCUCUCCGAGAGCUGGUUUGGCAAGCCGCUGCGCCGCCAAUGCAAGCUCGCCGUGCGCUCCCGCAGGCGCGCCGUCAUGGGCUCUGCUGCGGCUCUGAGCGACCAGGCCGACAUGCACCGUGAUCCCGAGAAAUGGCGCGCCACGCACUUGCCCUACUUGGAAAAGGACACGCGCAGGGCCGCCAUCCAGGAGCUCAAGACGAGCCAGAAGCAGGAGGAGUCCAACAUGUCAGCCGAGAAAGAUUUCAACGGGUGCGAAGACGUCUGGCUCACCAAGGUUCGCUUCCGUGCCUUCAUGGGAUUCUGGGAAGGCCUGUCCAGGGAGGAGGCCGACGAGCGCUUCGACGCCGAGUUCGACGCGAACCCGAAGUACAACAGGAGGAACCAACAGAUCGUCCUCGCUGAGGGCAACGAGUACGUCAAGCACGAGGCGGGCACCGAGUCGAAGCGCGGGGCCACCCCCGAGACGCUUCCCCAGCCAGCCCGCAAGAAGCUCAGGGCCACUGAGUCUCCAGAGACGCUCGGCCCCCACGCGAAGCACCUGCACGCCAAGAAGGCGCUCCAGGAUGCGGUGAAGGAGAUCGUGAAGGGCUUCGAGGGUAAGGCCACCACGCACGCGCGCUUGACGAAGCUGGCAGAGAGGCACAAGGGCUACGCCGACUUGCCCGAGAACUUGAAGGCUGCGGUGGAGAAGUUCGCGAGCAUCCAGAAGCAAGCGAAGCAGCUUGGCUUGAAAGCUGAGCGGGCUGGGUCCACUGGAGAUGGCUCGGUUGCGUCGUGCACUACGGAGCUGGAUUCCAUGAAGGUGGAGUUGACAUCUUGCUGGGCGGACGCCGCGGAGCUCGUUCAGUCCUUGGAGUUGAUCGACAAGGAAAUGCAGACCACCAAGCGGAAGACCUACUUGCAGGACCGCCACCAGUCUCAGAAGGUGCGGCUUGCUGGCACUCUGAACGCGUCUGGCGCGUUCGACUCGCAGCUGGCAAAGCACGUCGCCCCCUUGAUCGCGCAGACCUGGGCGAAAGCUCAGGCGACCAUGGUUGCUGACGAGGAGGGUGAUUACAGCGCCUACUGCUUGCAGCCCGUCUCCAGCUGCGGGAUCACCAUGGACGCGACCAUGAACGAGUUCAAUCCCACAAAGCUUUUCGCUUGGAAGACUCCGUUCCCCUCCUUCCAAGAGAUGCUGGUUGACAUUCGCGGCCGCAUCGAUGGGCGCUGCAACAGGCUGAACGAAAAGAUGGCAGCGAACCGUGAUACUUGGUUGGGGGCUCAAGCGAACGUGGAUUCCGAAAACGAGUACGGUGAGCACCUGAAGUGUCUUCCCGGCCUGGGGCUCCACCUGUGUUGCAUCGUUCGCAAUGCGUUGCGCUUGGGCGCGAUGGCCGUGCCGUUUCCAGCUUUAGGUUACUUCAUGUCCCCCUUGAAUGAGAGCAUGUUCGUGUUGGUGUACGACGUUGCCGAGAUCAUCAAUCAGGGGAUUGUCUUGAAGGACAUCCAGACCUUCUUGAAGAGCUCCUCUGGCGAGGGCUUCCUGAAGUCCAAGCAUGCCGUUUGCGUGUACCUUCCGAAGAAUGCAGUCCUUUUCGUGCCCAGCGGUUUCUAUGCGCAGCCACUCUUCUACCGUCCAGGCCCCAGGAAUCAGAAGAUCGAUCCUAAUUGGCUUCACUACCUGCACGUCCCUUUUUUGAACGCGGAGAUCGCCGAGACCGUGGAUCCAGAUGUGUUCAAGGCGGCCACCGCGUUGUCUACUGUGCAUUUGGCCCCGCUGCAAAGCUCGAUGUGGGUUGAGCGCAGGAAGGGUUUCUCAGAUUUUGUUCAGCAGGUCCUUCAGUAG